AUGUGUAUAUUGAACAAGUUUUAUAAUUUCAAUUUUUUCUUUUGGGCUACAGAAUGUAUAAUCCGAAUGCUAAAUCUGAACCAACCUGUGAAUGCAACCGGUACUGCUAAUGAAGAGGUUUACAAGAUCUUGAUCUAUGACAAAUUUUGUCAAAAUAUAUUAUCUCCAUUGAUUCAUGUCAAGGAUCUGAGAAAACAUGGGGUUACUCUCUAUUUCCUUAUUGAUAAGGAUCGAAAGCCUGUGCAUGAUGUCCCUGCUGUGUACUUUGUUCAACCAAGUCAAGUUAAUGUUCAGAGGAUUGUUGCUGAUGCAUCACGUGCGCUUUAUGAUAGCUUCCACCUGAAUUUUUCAUCGUCAAUUCCUCGUCCACUUCUUGAGGAUCUUGCAUCCGGGACAUUGAAUUCAGAGUCGAUAGAUAAGAUUUCGAAGGUGCAUGAUCAGUAUUUGGAGUUUGUGACUUUGGAGGAUAAUUUGUUUUCAUUGGCUCAGAAAUCUUGUUAUGUUCAGUUGAAUGAUCCAUCUGCUGGUGAUAGAGAGAUUGAGGAGAUUGUUGAGAAGGUCGCUAGUGGGUUAUUUUGUGUGUUAGCGACACUUGCAGUUGUGCCACUUAUUAGGUGUCCACGUGGGGGCCCAGCAGAGAUGGUAGCGUCCGUGUUAGAUCAGAAGUUGAGGGAUCAUUUAUUGUCAAAGAACAAUUUGUUUACAGAAGGUGGGGGUUUUGCGAGCUCAUUUCAGAGGCCGGUUUUGUGUAUAUUUGAUCGAAAUUUUGAAUUAUCGGUUGGAAUACAGCAUGAUUUUAGGUAUCGUCCUCUUGUUCAUGAUGUUCUUGGCUUGAGGCUUAAUAGGUUGAGUGUGCCAGGGGAAAAGGGUGGGAUGAGGUCGUAUGAGUUGGAUAGUGCUGAUCCAUUUUGGGUGGCAAAUGGGUCCCUGGAGUUUCCUGAAGUUGCAGUGGAAAUUGAGACUCAAUUGAACAAGUAUAAGAAGGAUGUUGAUGAGGUGAAUAGGAGGACUGGAGGAACUGAUGGGGCUGAGUUUGAUGGGACAGACUUGAUUGGGAACACAAAGCAUCUGAUGAAUGCUGUGAACUCUCUGCCUGAAUUGACAGAGCGUAAGCAGGUGAUCGAUAAGCACACGAACAUUGCAACUGUUUUGUUGGGUGAGAUCAAGGAGAGGUCUCUUGAUUCCUAUGCGAAAAAAGAGAAUGACAUGAUGGUCAGAGGAGGGAUUGAUCGAAAUGAACUUUUGGGUGUGCUUAGAGGGAAAGGAACCAAGAUGGAUAAGCUCAGAUUUGCAAUCAUUUACCUGAUAUGUUCUGAAAGUAUUAAUCCGUCAGAAGUGGAAGCAAUUGAAGCUGCUCUAAGGGAGUCUGAGGUUGAUCCUUGCGCAUUCCAGUAUGUGAAGAAAAUGAAGUCCUUGAAUGUGUCAUUGGCAUCAGCAAAUUCUGCCAGUCGAAGUAACAUUGUUGAUUGGGCUGAAAAACUUUAUGGGCAGUCAAUUAGUGCCGUGACAGCUGGUGUGAAGAAUUUGUUAUCUAGUGAUAGGCAGCUGGCAUUAACGAGAACUGUGGAAGCUUUGAUGGAGGGGAGGCCAAAUCCUGAUGUUGAUUCUUACCUUGUUUUUGAUCCUCGUGCUCCUAAGUCUGGGACCAGUAGCAGCCAUCUGAAAGGACCAUUUAAAGAAGCUAUAGUGUUUAUGAUCGGUGGUGGUAACUAUAUGGAGUAUGGCAGCUUGCAAGAAUUUGCACAGCGUCAGCAGCCUGUCAAGCAUGUUAUAUAUGGAACAACAGAAAUUCUCACAGGAAUGGAGUUUGUUGAGCAGCUUACUGUGUUGGGGCAGAAGAUGGGAUUGGGCAGUACUGUUGCUCCUCCUGCUCCAACCCCCUAG